UGUUUUUGGCAUUUAACCCGGGUUUCUGGCUCUGCCGGGGUUUUGCACUGAGUCGGACCGGAUCAGGCUCCGGUUCCCGAUCCAACCGGUCCGGUUUUCAAAACAUUAGUUAGGAUAGGUGUUAGGACUAGUAGUACCGUCGACUGGCGAGAUUUCUGAAGCGAGUGUUCUUGGUUAACUCCGCCAAACAUCACCUUAAUUUAUUAAUGCAUGCAAGAACAACACUUGUUUUCCACCACUACACCGCCAUUAAUCAGCUAAUUCGAUUCAAUCCAAUCGCCAAAUUCUCCCCUCUCUCUACAGCCAUGGCUUCUUCGAUCGUACUUCCGUCGAUCUCUCUCGCCACCAAAUCCCUCAGAAGCUCCAGCUGUUUGGGUUACAAAAAUGAGAUUCGAAUGGCUCCCCGGUUGAAUUUGGAGAAAUCUAGGGUUUUCAUGAGCGUCGCCGUCGGAUCGGAGGCGGUUGUUGUCGACGAUGCGUUGUUCAAGGACUACACCCCUUCUUCCGCUUUCCUCUUUCCCGGUCAGGGUGCACAAACUGUUGGAAUGGGUGUGGAAGCUCAAAAAGUACCUGCUGCAGCUGAAUUGUACAAGAGAGCCAAUGAUAUCUUGGGGUUCGACCUUUUGGAUAUUUGUGUUAAUGGACCAAAAGAGAAGCUUGAUUCCACUGUUCUAAGCCAGCCAGCUAUCUAUGUUACAAGUUUAGCUGCAGUUGAGGUGCUCCGAGCUCGUGAUGGAGGCCAGCAAAUAAUUGAUUCUGUCGACGUAACUUGUGGUUUAAGUUUAGGAGAAUAUACUGCCCUUGCAUUUGCUGAAGCUUUCAGCUUUGAGGAUGGGCUGAAGCUAGUCAAGUUAAGGGGUGAAGCGAUGCAGGAUGCUGCUAAUGCUGCCAAAAGUGCGAUGGUUAGUAUUAUUGGACUUGAUUCUGCUAAAGUCCAACUGCUUUGUGAUGCCGCCAAUGAAGAAGUAGAUGAAGCUAAUAAAGUUCAAAUUGCAAAUUUCUUGUGCACGGGAAACUAUGCUGUGUCUGGGGGGCUUAAAGGAAUAGAAGCAGUUGAAGCAAAGGCAAAAUCAUUUAAGGCUCGAAUGACAGUUCGGCUAGCUGUAGCUGGUGCUUUCCACACUGGUUUUAUGGAGCCCGCUGUGUCAAGACUAGAAGCUGUUUUGGCGUCAACUGUAAUCAGACCGCCGAGAAUUCCAGUUAUAUCCAACGUUGAUGCACAACCACAUGCAGAUCCAGAUACUAUCAAGAAAAUACUAGCUCGCCAGGUGACUUCUCCAGUUCAAUGGGAGACAACGGUGAAGACUUUGUUAAGCAAAGGGUUGAAGAAGAGCUACGAAUUAGGACCUGGAAAGGUCAUAGCCGGGAUCGUCAAACGGAUGGAUAAAAGUGCUGAAAUUGAGAAUAUUGGUGCCUGAGCACCAUCUUCAGAGUUGCUAAUUUAAUAGCAUUUUGUCCAUUGCUUGUUUUGGCAAAAUCUUUCGUCUUAGGCAAACUGCUUCUGAUAGAGCCAAUAGGAGCUUCGUUUAUCGUUGUUUAUUACAGGGUUAUGUCGUUAAAAAACUAAGCAGAUGUAUCUGAAGUUUCAAUUUUGAGCACCAAAUAUGUAAUGACUAAAUCGAAAGGAGUAAUAAAAUGCAAUUGUAGCCGUUAUUUUGGAGA